UAGACGCGGCUAGUUCAAGUUGCCAUAGCACGGCUCUUCCUCUGUUAGCUGUUACUCGCAAAACUAAACCAACGGCUUUGGUGUAACGUAUUUCUAGCGAUAGAGUUGAUUUCCUCUGUUGCUGUUGGACAUACGCAGAGUUCCCGGGAGUCUCACAGGACUUUAUAAGUUGGCUAACGUUUGGUCAGCUAGCUAUCGUUCAUACUAGUUGCCACUUGUUGCUAGCCUGGAGGAGCAUCACAACAAUGCCUGCUGCAGUGAUUGAUUGGGGCAGUUUGAAUUGUAGUGUGUUGCUGGCCAGAUAGCUCUCUGUCUCAACAGGUUGUCACGGUAACAAUGAUUAAGCUCCCACGUCCGCUAAGUAUGACAAACAUAUCUAUUGUAAAAAAAGUUCACAAUCAGCCCAGUUUGUUCGUUAAUCUGAUUAACGUAGCAGGUAACGGUUAGCGUUUUCUGCAGGAUAAGCUAGUGCUGGUCACGUAUCGCCAGCCGUUUAUCGUCGCCUCCACUGUAAACCUGCCCAAACUAUGGACACAUCCAGUGAAACGGAGUCAUACGACAGGACGACAGUGCACCGGCGUCCGGGGCGUGAAGCCCACAACAGACCCGGCCGGGACAGGGGCAGAGCCGGUGGGAGUGGAAGUGAUGGUCGACCUGCAGAUAUAUCCGAGAAGAUCAGCACACUGGCGAGCACUUUGCAGGAUACCAGUAGAAACUUGAACAAAGUAGACCGGAUGCUGGGCCAUUACAGGGAGCAUACAGAUGAUCAGGCUGAAGCCAUGACAGUGCUCAGGGAGAACCUGGAGGAGUCCAUCAGCCAGCUGCAGACGCAGAGGGUGAGGAGACCCAAUGGAGGUCGGAGUGCUUCAGCUUCAGCCUCCACCCUGCACACAAGUGACCUGGAAGCUUGCUCAGGAUCAGAUGGCACAUGUUUCUACCCUACUUCUCCACUGAGGGACUAUACAAGCUCUCCGGACAGGAGACGGAGGUCUCGGUCUGCCAGUGUUCGCUUCAAGGAUGCCAUCCUGGCAGGAGAGGAUAUUCACACUUUGCAUCAGUCUUUGAGGGAUCUGCGUUGUGGCCAGCUGAGACUGUCUGAUGAUCUGGAUAGAGAAAUCCUCCGGAGAAAUAGGGCUGAUAUUGACACCCGGCGAGCGAUGGAGAGCCUCACAGAACACACAACGACUUCCCCGAGACAGGCCUCGGUGUCGUCUCGUGUGGAGCGGCGUCUGCAGGAGCUGGAGAGAGAGCUGCAUUCUGGGCAAAGCGGCGUGGAGCGAGAGAGAAGGCCCGAACAGCGGGAGGCCGUGUCUGACGAGCUGCAUGAGACUUCAGGGAGACAAAAAGUUCAGGGCCAUGAGAGAGAGGAGGCUGCUGCAGCCAGGCUACUGAAGGCAGAGAAAUCUAAGAUGGAGCAGGAGCUGGAGAGAGCUAGAAGACUACUUGAUCAGUCUGAGGAUAGCAGAGAGUGCCUCUCUCAACAGGUGGAGGACAUGCGUGGUGAGCUGCUGAGGACGAAGAAGGAGAAGACCGAGCUUCAGAGGGCCAGGCUGGAGACUUUUCAGCCAGUUGCUCCGCCACAUGGCACACACACUGACAGGGAGCGAGGGCCAGCAGAGUAUUUGAACCUGGAGAAAGAAGUGGCGGAGCUGCGGACCCAGCUGCGCACGGCCUCUGUUCGCGGCGAGGUCGACGAGCUGAAAAGGACUCUGGACCGCAAGGAGAAGGAGAGGCUCCAACUCAGCAUACAGGUGGAGGAAUUGUCAUCAGAGCUGUCGCAGCGGGAACAACAGCAGCUACGAAUGCUGGACCAGUUAAAAGAAACGCAGAGCCGGGGACAGGCAGAGAGGAGGGAGACAGAGGCUCUACUCCAGGAGAGCACCAGAAGCAGAGAGGAAUUAAAGAGCAGGGCCCAGGAGGCUGUGCGCCAGUGGAGGGCAAAGUGCAGGAGACUGCAGAAGGAACUGGAGGAGGCGAGCUCCCAGGCUCAAUUUCACACCGACAAGGCUUCACAGGCAGCCAGGGAAAAAGAGAGCUCUCGCGCUCAGCUGAAGGCGCUGAGCCAGCAGACUGAGGCGGCCCGCAGGGAGCUCGCCGAAAUCCUUGGCCGAUUGGCUCAGCGGGAGGAAGAGCUCCACCGCAAGGACGUGGAACUGUCUGAGGCCCGCCAGCGCCAGCUGUCCCUGGAGCAGGACAGCCGGGAGGUGCGGGAGGCCUCAGCCGCACUGGAGGAGGAGACUCAGCGUCUGGCUGCUGUCCAGACACGGCUGAAGGAAGAGAACCAGAGGCUGGAAGAAAAGGCUGACAGCCAGGCCCGUCGCUGUCAGAGAGACCAGGACACGCAGGCCGAGCUCCAGACCUCACUAAAGCAGAUUACGUCGGCCCAUUCUCGGCUAGUCCAACGAUUGGCCGAGGAGGAGAGCUCCAAGAAUGAUCUCCAGAGAGGCUUCUUAGAGGUCCAGGCCAAGCUGACAGUGGUGCAGGAGGAGAGGGCCGCACUGGGGCAGCAGCUGCAGCUGGAGAGAGAGGUGCAUCGGACAGAACUGGACAACACGAGGGCCAUGAUGGAGGACAGCAGGACAAAGAAGUGUCGUGAAGUGCAGGACAAGCUCACGCUGUGCCAUCACGAGCGGGAGGAAAUACAGGCACACCUGGAGGAGGUUAAGGCAGAUGCAGUGUCAGCCAAGGAGCUGUGUGCGGCGCUGCGCAUCAAGUUGGACAGGAUGAAGGAUGAGUGUGAUAAGCUGGCAGCCCAGCUGAGCACAAAAGACGAGGCACAUGCACUACUCCGCAGAAAGUACCAGCUACUCAAACAGGAUCUGGACGACAAAGUCAGGUCGGGUGAGCGGAGGCGUGCUUCAGAGUCGGAGCGUCUUAGGCUGGAGGAGAAAGUGUUGCGGAUGGAAGCAGAGCAAGAGGCAGUCCUUACCUCCAUGGGCGAGGAACUGGAUGCAGCCUGGCGCAGCCUGGCUAGGAACGGUGAAGACAAACUACAGGCCAUCUCCCAGAAACCUGGAUUAGUGAAAGACCCCCACCGCUGGCUAGCUGAGACAAAGACCAAGAUACGCUGGCUGUGUGAGGAGGUGCGGGAUUGCAACACAAGAGAACAGCGCCUGAGGAAGCAGCAACAACAGACCAGGGAUCAGUUAAAGGCCCUGAGGCAGAGCCGGGACUCGGAGCAGACGGCUCUCCUGCAGCGCCUCGAUCAACAGGAGAAGCUCCUGCACUCCCUCGACACUGAAAAGAGAGAGCUGUUGGAGAGGAGUCGCAGGAAGGAGGAAGAAAUGCGGAGCCUUCAGGAAGGUGUAUUGGAUCUGGAGAUGAACACAAGAGCAGCCCUGGACCACUUGGAGUCAUUCCCAGAGAAACAAUGUCUGAUGGAAAACUUCAAAGAUUUGGAGGAGUCCCAGCGGCAGAGGGAGACGGUGGAGCAGCGCUACAGCAAGUACAAAGAGAUUGUGUGGGACCUGCAGCACCAGCUGGACGAGUCCAAACGCAGAAUCCAGGAGUAUAGAGAGGAGAAGCUGGACGCUACCUCCAGGAGCCUGAGACUGGCAGCUCUUUCUUCUUCUAUCAAAGGGCCAAGCACAUUCCUGAACAGCACGCUGAGAUCUGACACACUGUCGCCUCGCAAACGCCUGACCAGUUCGGACUUGGAUGAGUCCCCAGUGCACGGCGACAAACCCCGCAAAGAUUAGCUCAACCUCAAGUGAACCUUUUUUAUAUCUGUAUCUCUACAAAGCCAAAUACACGGUGCUUACAGCUGAUUCUAGCUGCCUGCUGCUCAUCCAGAACAAAGAAACUACUUGACUGUACGAGGAGGCCUUUGCACUCAACACUAAUCCUCCUCCACUACCUCAACCAUCACUGAAGGUGCUCAAGAGCAGAGGGUAAGACUGAGAGAUUUCACAGCAAACUUUGAGAAACUCUUCAGAAGAGGUAUAAGUUUGGUCACUGUAAAUGGGGAUAUACUGUUUUGUGUUUAAAUGUUAUUUAUAGGAACUCAAAUUGAAUAUAUUUGAUGGAUAUGAAAAAACUAAAACCAAAAUAGUUCCACUUGCAUUUCUUGCCAUUGUUACAUUUGUACUACUAUGUUUCUGUUUUAGUAUUGUUUGCUUUAUUACCAAAUUCUUAUUAUCAUGCAAAUAUGUUUGUGCUUAAACACUCAAAUGAAAAACUAGUGCCUUUUGAACAAUAUGUAGUUUUGUUUUUAGCUGUUGUCUUUAUCAUGACAAUAUGACAUCUCUUUGUGUAUUGCCCAAUUGAUGACUUUCUGUUGUCAUUUUUUAUGCAGUAUAUAGAAAAAUAAAAAUAAGCACAAAUAUGUCUAUUUUUCAUGAAAUGUGAAGCAAAUAUAUGCACUAUGAAUAAAUCUCCAUGCAGCCAAAUGUCUGUUUUAUA